AUGGAAGCAAACACUGAAAUUGCAGAUUAUAGGAAAAGAAUGGACAAUUUCCCUUGUGCCUUCAAUCUGGCUGGCACUGACAAUUUGUCUACAGCAAGACUUAAAGCAGUGCAACAUAACCUUGACUCUGAGCUGGCCAUCAACGAUGGCUGCGACAACGAACUAAUCAUCAAAAGGAAUCUUUUAACCUGGGUACUGUUUCGUUUGGAUAAACGGGACGAGGCUUUGCAGUUAAACGGCCAGGUUAUUGAGUCAACUAGAAGCAAAAAUAUAGCUUCUUUGGCAAACCGUUCUUUCAUUGUGUUGCUAAUGAAAGAUGACGUCCAAGCUCUGAAAUUCCUCGAAGACCUGGAGAAGAUGAAAUCUGAUAAGAAUUUUCAAACAUAUUUCACCGAUGCCGAAGCAGAACAAGCGUAUUACUACAGCCGGCUUGGUGGCCUAAACUUGCAGCGGGCGAUAACCUUAUUCUGU